GUAGUGACAAACUGGGCGUCAAAAUGGCGGCCGAGGAGAUCUCUGGUCAAUGUAACAUCAUGUCAAUGUAACAAAGUUUCCAUGAUGUCAACAACAAAAGUAGUUCGGUUGGAGGAGGUGAGCUACGCGGAGGGCAGCUUCUCCUCCCCAAGCAAGGCAGGAAUUCUGAAGAAUGAGGAAUCUCCUUCAGAUGGCCUGCUUGACAAAGAUGUUGAUGGCAGUCAAGAAAAGGAGGAGACAGAAGAAGCUAAAGAUAAAGUGUAUCCUCUUCCUUCCAACUGGCCAAAGAUACCUCAGCUUGCUCGACGUCGUAGUUGCGAGCUGACGAGGUCAACAGAGCCAUGUGUGAAGAAGGCGGUGUCUCACCUAGAGCUGGUGCAGAACAUUAUCGAUGAGUGGUUCAAGAAGGCAGAGGAGGAUGUGAAGAGCAGGACGUCCAGUCGAAGAGAGUCCAUAGUGUCCCUCCCAGAAACCAGAAAACAACUGCGGUUUGUGGACGAUCAGGCAGCGACAGCAAGUUCGUCAGGACACCGGUCACGCACAGUCAGUGAAGCGUCUCGGGCUUCCUCCCAACUGUCUGUCCCAGAGAACCUGUCGGUCAAGGGGGUCGGGGCAAAGGCUGAACAAGAGGCUUGUGAGGUCGAGAACCAAGGUCUGGACAUUCCUUACCUUGGGGCUGAGGACGUGAUUGACGAGGUCAUCACUCUGCUGGCCAGGCUGGAGAAUGACCGGCAUGAGACUGAGGGGAAGCUGGGGCAGGAGAGGGGGAAGGUCAGUAAACUGACCACCAAGAUUGAUGACCUGUGUCUCCGGAGGCUGAGGGAUCUGCCUGUGCUUGUUCAAAGAGAGCAUGAAGCAUGUAUACUCGACCUCAAUGAGCUGCAGUGGCAUGUUGCGUACCGAGGUCGCAAUGAGGCACGCAUACAGAACAGGAGAGAAAUUGCAGAUGUUCUCAAUAACAGACUCAAGGAGGACAUCGCUUUUGUAGAGAGGCAUAUACCCCUGGUGCAGGAGAAGCUCCUUCUGGAGAUGGAAGCCAUGGACAAAAUCAAGAAGGCUCAGGCCGAGACUGACCAGGAGCUGGAGAUGACCAAGCAGCGACAGGCCAAGACUGAGCAAAAGUCCGAGGAGGCGGUCAACAAGGCGGAGAAUGAACGUGGACACAUCAAGCGAGAGCUGGACACUGUCCGAGACAAUCUUAGUCAGAUAAGUGAGGAUCUGUCGGAGGCGAAGAUGACGUACAAUGCAUACGUCCACCAGCUGAACGACAUCCGGCAGCAGCUGAAGGACAAUGACCAGGAGAUGAAGAUCCUGGAGGUGAAGAACGAGAAUGCCAAGGUGGCAGAGGAGAUGCAGGCAACCAAG